AACAAAAGGUGGCGGUAACGCACCGAAGAGACAGACGAGAACCACCAGUACACACGAAGAAGAAGAAGAACAAGAAGGAGAAGAAGAAGUAGCUGUUUCAUUUGACAUCAAAAUGAAAACUAAUCAGCUAAAGGACGUCUGGUGCAUGUCCCACUAGUGUUUGCUCUGAAGCUGCAGUGACGGUGAAGUUGUGACAGCCCUGAAGCUGCUCUUCUGACAGCUGCUUCUCAAUGAGGUACAGAGGAGCUCAGGUGUAUCUCUGGGCUCAUGGCUCAUGUUGUCUGUCCCGCUUCACCCUACCCGGCAGAAAUGCUUUGGUCCGGACCUAUAGCGCUCAGCAUCAGCCUGGCUCACCUCCACCUGCUAACCCCUCCCCUCCUGAUGGGAAGGGGGGAGCUGAGGUGAUGAAGGAGCGCGCCCUGGCUGCCUUACAGCAUGCAGGUGGGUUGGGGCGGCAGUGGAGUCAGAAGUCGGCUCAGACGGUCACAGUCACGGUCAACUACUGGUGGGAGAGGUACGAGGAGUUUGUGGGGCUGAACGAGGUCCGCGAAGCGCAGACAAAAGUCACUGAGGCUGAGGCUGCAUUCAUGAUCGCCAGGGGGAUGGUACGAGAGGCACACACCAGCCUGGAGGCCCUGCAGGUUAGGCUGAAGGAGGUCAGAGACCGGCUGGACAGAGUCUCUAGGGAGGAGGCUCACUACCUGGAGCUGGCCACACUGGAGCACAAACUGCUGCAGGAGGAGCGGCGUCAUCGAACAGCAUAUGAGAACGCAGAAAGUGCCGAGAGGGAGAAAUUUGCUUUGUUUUCGGCGGCCGUCAGGGAGAGCCACGAGAAGGAACGAACGAGAGCAGAACGAACAAAGAACUGGUCCGUCAUCGGCUCGGUGCUCGGAGCCCUAAUCGGGGUCAUGGGAUCGACGUACAUCAACCGCAUUCGCCUCCAGGAGCUGAAGAGUCUGUUGCUGGAGGCCCAGAAAGGUCCAGAGAGUCUUCAGGAAGCCCUCAAAGUCCAGGCAGGAAACCACCGUUCACAGCAGGACGAGCUCCGAUCGCUCAUCGACAGCCUCAGGUUCGCUCUGAGUGACGUGUUCUCUCAGAAGAACGGCGUUCUUCAGGCCAAAGGAGGUCCGACCCCAGACCAACCCACUUUGUCUCGGGCAGCCUUGAAAGACCUCCACGUCAGCAGCCAAAGGACAGAGUCCUUCCUAGAGUCUCUCCCUCCACAACUGGGUCAGUUAGAGAAAGGACUCGGUAGAGUUGAGAGUGUAAUGUUGACGGUGAGGAAGCUGCUGGAGACCAGGCCGCAGGCUGAAGCCCGGUCGGGCCAGCUGGCGACCGAGAGGCCAGAGACAGGGGAGCAGUGGGAGUCUGAGGCGGUGGUGAGGGGACUGGAGGAGACCCAGAGGACGCUGGGAGAACGAAUCAGGACAAACACAUUUUAUAACGCUGUGUUUACCUACACCGCCACGGCCAUCACUGUCUCAGCUGUAUAUCUGCUACUUAGGGGAACCGGUUAGACAUGAGGCCUUCAGUCUGAAUCUGUUCAAAUGCACUGGGAUCAAUAAUCGAAACGAAUCAAUGCAGAAUUAUCAGGUGUUUGGGUUUAUUGUCUGCUUUGCUGUUGAUUGUACUACUUAAGCUGAGAGUGACAAUUUAUUAAUAAACACUAACUUAUUAAGGAAUUAAAUUAAGAAAACAAUAAUAGAGGACACACUAUUACAGAUGCUUUUUCCAGCCACAUGGGGGCAGCAGAAACACGACAUUCACCACUUUCUUCUUACCAUAUGGUGAAUUUAUCCCGAUCCAACCUCCAGAUUGAUUUUAAAAAAAACAAACAAACAAAAAACCCCCCACCAUAUUCUGCAUCCUCUCUUUAGAGAUGUCAGUGUGGGUUUUGUGAGACUGUGCAGUGACACUAGUUCAUGUGUGAGAAAACAUGGCAGAAGCUCCAGGUCUGAGAGCACCGUUAGACAUUAAAGAUGAUUGGAUUUAAAAAGUGUGAUGACAGAGAAGAGUUUCACAAAAGCAAAGACACACAGCAGUCGUGACACUGGAUGGAAAAACUAACUAAUCUCUUGGUUUUAAUUAAAUAGUUAUAAGGCAGAAAUAUCUCUAAAUACAUGGAAUCAGGACCCUGUGAAUCUGUAGUGAUACCCCGCCUUAAGAUCCUGUCUUGUUCUGUGUUUCGUCUCCUAAAAGAAAUAUUUAAUUCUUUUCCUUCUAAACCUUCAACUAAAUUCACUUGGACGUCUCCUUUUACUGGGUCUAUUGGCUGUUAGGGGCUAGAGCUUUUUUGUUGUUAGUGCCAAAAACAACAAAGUGAACAAAAGUAGUAACUUUGUGCCUGACCAAUGAGCUAGUUGUCUGUUAUGUUGAGGAGAGCUUCCAGUUGAGCUAUUUCUCUGUAGGUUUGUCGUGACACACAGCUCUGUCCACAUUAUUGUACUCAAAAUAUUAAUUAAAGGGCAUUAUGAAUAUUUAGACAUGUCCCUUAAUCCCCAUAAUCUCUUUCUGCUAACCAGUGGUUAAAAAUGUAAAAAUUGUAAACUGGCUUGGGUUUAAUUCAUGGUAUAAAAGAAAAAAGGUGGAAAAUGCUUGUAUGAACAACAAAUUUGUUAAAAAGAUGCUAAAAAGUGUUAUCUUCUGCUUAGAAAGCUGAAAAAAUACUACGGUUACAUGCGACAGUCAAACUGAUCAAAUCUGGACGGAUUCAGACAUAAUUCAUUGCUUAUAUAUCAAACUUGAUAUAACUGAAGCGUGUAUGUGUCCAUGUUAGUUCGGUGCCUAGUGAGAUUUUAACUUUGGUUCAGCGUCAUCAGGUGAGGACCAGCUGAUCUUCAGAGAGACCACUUCUCUUCAUGGUUCAUUUCCAAGACACGUAAAGAGCACUCAUGACGUGCUCAUUCAGAAAUGCUUGGUUAGAUUUGUGGAAUAAUUUAGAUCAGAAACCUUCGUCUCAUUUUUCAGGACAUGCAUGUAUACAAAUAUGUGUCCAUAAAAAGGGAGAAGGAGAAGCAACUAAACCGUGAGAUUUCAUUAAAAUCUUCUGAAACGGC